CAAUUUUGUGUGUGUAUGUUAAUCUGGUACAUUGUUGCAGUACCUAUAAUUGUGGCAGUCAAUAAGAUCGAUAAGCCUGGAGCAGAUAUAGAAAGGACCAAGAGGAUGCUGGCACAGCUAGGUCUGACCUUGGAGGACUGGGGAGGCGAUGUACAGGCUGUCCCAAUAUCAGCGCUGAAAGGCACCAAUGUGGACACCCUGGUUGAAGCCAUUGCACUCCAAGCUGAGCUGAUGGGGCUGAAAGCUGACUACCAGGGCCUGGUGGAGGGAACAAUCAUUGAAGCUAGCACCGACCAGUCUCGGGGAAAGCUGGCGACAGUACUGGUGUCUCGAGGCACACUCCAGCGCGGCUCUAUCGUGGUGGCCGGCCUGGCCUGGGCGAAGGUGCGCUCACUAUUCAAUGAGGACCAGCAAGUCCUGCAGCAGGUGACUCCAGGCAUGGCAGCUCAGGUCAUUGGCUGGCGGUCCCUGCCUUCCGCUGGCGACUUGCUGCUAGAGGUCAUCUCCGAGAAAAAAGCGACUCAAGUCAUUAAAUGGCGCGAGGAGAACAAAAUGAAGGAAAAGGCAUUGGAAGAUUUACAAGUCAUUCAGGCGAAAAUGACGGAGCAUCAAGAAGUCUAUAAAACUCAACUGGAGCAGAGAAGGAAACUUGGCAGGAGAAGAUUAAAACCAACUGGGCCACGGCAGAAAGAAUUUCAAGAAGACAAUGAAAUUAGAGUCAGUAUUGUACUUAAAGGUGAUGUGGACGGGUCUGUGGAAGCUAUCCUGGACGUGUUGGACACAUACAGUGGCACCGUUUGUAAGUUAGAACUGGUUCACUACGGAGUUGGUGGUGUCACCCUUUCAGACGUGGAAUUGGCAAUCGCAUUCAAAGCAAUUAUUUACACUUUUAAUGUCGGCGUGUUGAACGAUGCUGUGGAAAAGGCGAAUUCAAGUGCAGUGAUGAUCAAGAAACACAAUGUUAUAUAUAAAUUAGUCGACGAUCUCAAGGAAGAAAUGGAAAAGAAACUUCCGACAACUGAAGUGGAGGAGAAUUUAGGUGAAGCUAAUGUUCUUGAGCAGUUUCUUGUGACCGAAGGCAGGAAGAAGGUGCCGAUCGCAGGGUGCCGGUGUGUUAAGGGGGUGCUCAAGAAAAACGCACUGUUCCGUCUAAUACGAAAUGAAGAAAUUUUGUACGAUGGUAAGUUGGAAUCGAUGAGACACCUGAAGAAUGAGGUGGAUUCCAUCAAGACAGAUCUGGAGUGUGGAUUACGGCUGGCUGACCCGAGUGUACAAGUGCGACCCGGAGAUGUAAUCAUCUGCUACGUCACCCGUCAACAGUCCCAGACUUUGGACUGGGACCCUGGCUUCUAG